CCCGUGCUCCUGCACAGCCGCCAAGGAACAGCGCAGAGAAGGGGGAGACUGCUGAGGAGCCAGCCCCCAAGCAGUGGGAAAAGGGGGUCACCUCCCCUGGGAGCAGCAGCAAUUUACCAAGAGCCACGGGGAACGUUUGAAACCUCGGAGAACUUUUCUUUUUUAAAACCUCUUUUUUUUUUCAAAAAGGCCAUCUUACAUCAGGAUCAAGGAGUUUGCCCUGAGAUCCCCCCUUCGGCUGUGACCUGCUGCCCCGUCUGCCAGCCGCUCCCACGCUAGCAGGCAGCGGGGGCGGAAGCGGGGAGACGGAGGAUGGCCGAUUAACAUUAAUCCCCAGCUUUGCUUACUUCCAGCCACACGAGAGCUCCAGCAGCAGCAGCCAGGGUGACGACUGACUCCUUGGAGAUCCCUUUGCCCCAGCCUUGCCGUCCUACCUGCCCAGGGCCAAGCAGGACUCCCCACACCCACCCUGGGGCUCUUCCUGGAGAUAUGAGGAUCCAGAGGCCUGCACUCAAUAGCAGAAGCUGCCAGGGGUGAGCCGUUUCGGAAAAGCCUCCCCUGGGCAGUUUAAUGAGUGCUGUGGAGAGCAAUUAUCCAGAAGGAGUGCCGAACCGGAGAAAAGACAGUCCCACGCUCCCCCCGGCAGCUCUAAGGCAUCUCCAAAGAUCGGGAGCAGGGGCUGGUCCUGGGAGCAGCUCCCCGGUCCAGGACACGACACGGCCGAAAGGAGGGGGUAGCAUGAGUGAUGGGGAGUCCGGGGGCGUGACAAGCCACUGUGACCCCUCUGGAAUUUGUGGCCCCCCACACUGAAGGCCAGUUUCCUGUGUUUUAGGGGAGAGGGUGUGGAGUAACAACGGGGUGUGACAUGAGUCUUGGGAAGCUACCGGUGCUCGGCUGGGUGUCGGGCUCCCAUGGCAAACGGCGGUUGAAAUCGGAGCUGACGACGGACAUGAUCAGCCCACCGCUGGGGGAUUUCCGGCACACCAUGCACGUGGGGCGUGGCGGGGACGUCUUCGGGGACACCUCCUUCCUCAGCAACCACGGCGGCACCGAGACGGCCAAAGCCAACAACUUCUUCACCCGGACCCUGCGGCACGUGCGAAGGACGCCGCUGAGGAACCGGGGCAGCGGGAGCAAGGCCGAAGCCUCGCCCGCCCCCCCAGACAUCUCACCCAUCAUCAAGAACGCUGUGUCGCUGCCGCAGCUCAACGAGGGGACCUAUGGGGGUGGCAGCCCGGCUGGGAAGUUUGCCUUCAAGAGCACUCUAAACAACGUGUCCGAUACACACUAUGCUUAUGGGCUGGAGUCCGGGUUCUGCACCAUCCCGCGUGCUCCGCGCUCAGAGAAGGCCCGGGAGAGCUCCUUCCCCGCAGAAGCAGAGCUCCAGCGCUCGGACUCCCUGCUGUCCUUCCGCCUGGACCUCGGGCCCUCCCUCAUGAGCGAGCUCCUCCAGGUCAUCAGCUUUACAGAAGCCAUGGACAGCAGUGACAAGAGGGAGGAAGCCAGGGCCCUGGCUGGCGGCCAGGCUGCGUCGCCCUUUGCCCUGCAUGGCGAGUGGGUUGAGGCCGGGGUCCCUCGGGGAUCAGGGACACCCAAUGCCAGGUGUAUAGAGGGCGACAUGGCAGAAAGCUUCUGGGGCCGCUCCAGGCAGGGGGCCAGCUCCCCAUCGGGACACUUGGUGCAUGCCAAUGGAGAUGCUCGUGCCCUAGAGCAUGCUGAGGAGGGGCCUGCCUAUGCUGGGAGCAGGCACCAGAGCCCUGCCUGGGGCUCAGCACCCGCUGAGGAGCCGGGGGCGCUCCCAAAAGACAGCCUGUGGCAGGGGCACUGGAAUGACUGCAGCAUGGAGGCGGGAGAGUUCCACCGGGCUGCCCAGGUCCUGGCUCGCCACUACAGCGCGAGAGGUGCACAUGGCAGCCUGGAGGAAGAGGAGGAGGGGCCCCGGGAGAGCCCGGUUGUCGGCUCGUGCGGGGCGGAUGAGGCUGGGUGGAGUCACAGCGAGGAGGAGGAGGAGGAGGAAGAGGAGGCUGCGCUCUCAGCUGUGCGGGAGGGGGAGGCCACGGUUGCGGAGGGCUGCAGCGACUCCUUUGAGUACGCCGACGAGGAGGAAGAGGAUGAUGAAGUGAAGGUCUGAACAGCCACCGUCUCCUGUGGCCUUGGGACUCCCCAGCCCUCCCCCAGAGAUGUCAGCUGUCCAGGGGCCAGCACCCCUUGGGAGCUGUGAACCCUCCUGCGGCAGAGGGUUGGUGGGGAUGGAGGCAGGGGAAGCAGCUCUUUGAUCCGCCCAGCGCCCUGGGCAGGCCCCGCCUUCCCCAAAGAGCAGGUCAUGCUAAUGGGGAAAUCGCAGUGAUCGCAUGCUCCUUCCCCCCACUCCUUGCUGUCAUUGGAAAUGAGGCGCCCGCCCCCUGGGAGGCUGGGUUGGUAAGGGAAUGCUCCUGUCAGGUCACCGAGCCCCCAGCAAGCACCGAACAGGAGCGGAUCAGAGAAAGCACUCCAGCCACACGGCUCGCUGCCCCGCAACCCCCUGAGCUUGAGGCCUGGGGCAGGCUUGCUUUCUGAGCUGGCCACCCCAGGCUGGAGCAACACAGCAUUCACAUUCUCCCUCUCCCUCUCCCUCUCCCUGGGGCCUGAGCGCUCUUGGCUGGGGAUUGAACCGGGUUCUGCCAUGCAGCACCACACAGCACUGUUCGUGAAUGGGCUGGGCUACUCUCACACAGCUCCUACCAGCCCUCGCCAGUUCUUUUGCCUUCAGCCAGCGGCCAUGCCAGCUGGGCUAGCUAAUUCCUGGUUCCCUCCUGCCAAGGCCUGCCCUAGCAAGCCAGUUCAGGGGCCUCCCCUCCCCCCUGAGGCCAUUCCAAGGGCACAGCAAUCCGGUUCCUCUCCCCUCCCCUCCCCUCCCCAUGGAACAGGCAGCAGAGUGGGGAGUCCUUCCACCUGAGUGGGGUGGCCCUCCUUCCUUGAGCUGAUGCAGGGCUGGGCUCAGGGAGAAAGGCAGGUGUGGCUCCUAUCCUCCAGCAGUACCUUGAGCUGGAGGCUCUGAGGCUGGCUCCAGAGAGCCAGCUGCUCCACUCUACAGAUUUGGGGAGGAGCUCCCCCUGCCCCACCCCCCAAGUUCCUGCCACACUGUGCUCAGGGAGGUGCUCAGAGCAGCAAUACAGGAGUCUCAGUGGGGGUGGGGGUGCAGCCAGCAAUGACUUGGUAUCCGAAUGCAGCACAGCCGGGGAAAUCAUGCCAUGGCCCUUAACCUGGGCACCAAGGAGCCCUGCUGGAGUCAGGCACCAAAACUCAUGAGAUUUUUCAAAGCUAUAACUGGUGGGUUCUUUCCAUUUGCCCUCCGGUGCUGGACUGCGCAGAGGGGCCGUUUUCAAGGUUUCCCCCACAACCAGGAGAGCUAGAAACUUCCUGUUGUGUAAUGAAAGCUGGGAGGCUCAGGCAGUAACUGGCUUUGGCAGCUGGGCCUUCAGGGGAAACACCAAAUAGCGCUAGAGUUGGCAAUGCUGCGAUUCCAGUAAUCAGGCAGAAUAAGGACAAUGCCAGGGUCCCGCUGCCCCUGCCCCGGUAGACCCCUCCAUACCCCAGAGGGGACACCCUCAAACUCCAAUACUCCCUUUCACCCCCUCUUAGAACAAGAACAUUUUCUCUGUGCUAUAGCAUUCAUCCCAGGCAGUUGAAAGGGGGGCUGCCCUUGGUCUGGGCAGCGGUUCCAGGGAUGGGUUCCCACUGACACUAUUUAGAGGGGUCUAAACUCGCCCCCCUCCAACACACUUCCCCUUUCCGGUGUCCUUUUGCCGGCGGGGGAUGGGGGCUGCUCACUGUGCUCCUUGUGUCUCUGGGCAACGCGGCCUCUUUGGAAGGAGCCACUCCCCACGCUGUCCCGCGUGCGGACACGCUCACACAGAGGGUGUUUUGUGCCACGGCCCGGAGCAGGAAUGACUGGGGGGUGAGGUCAUUCCACUGGCCCGCACAGCAUGCCCAUUGUUCGCCCAGGGCCCGUGAGCCUGUGGCCGGAGGGAUCCCGUGCCCACGCUCCCACUGCCCAGUCGCCCCGGGGGGCUGUGUCUGUCAGGGAGCACCUGAGAGUAUAAUAACCAGGCUUUGAUGCCGGGGGGGUGGGUGGGAAGCGUCGCAUCCUAGGAGCCCGUUCUGCUCCCCACACAGGCCCUGGAGCUGCCAGCUGACUGAUCUCAUCACACUACAGGCAGCUGCUCAGCCAUGGGGGGAGAGAGGGCUGAAGUGAACGGGAGCUCCAAGUGCCCAGCAGGGCUCUAGAGUGUAGAGUCCAGAGCCUGCAACCAUUGCUACCCAUCACUGCCCCCACCCUGGGAGCCAGGGUCUUUCUCAGGCUCACCCUGCUCAUUCAAGCUUGUCACAGAAGCUCCAUACCAAAGAUCCAUCCCCAAGGAACAUCCCAGCUGUCUCCCUCCGCAGCCUGUGCACUUAUUAUUGAUCUUAUUAAAACAGUUUUGAUACUAUU